UGGACCCGAUAUGUAUGAUCAGAGGAUUCUGCAGGUGAAACGGUUUAGUCAGUAUCCGAAGCCAUUUGACAAGUUUGUUCGUUGGGUCCCCCUACCACCAAAUCCGCCAAAAUUGACGGAUAAAGAGAAGUGGCAAUUGAAGAGUAUACGUGUUGCGGAUCCUCCAUUGUGCAAUUACGGAAAGCGAAGCGUACUUUGUGAACCUUCUGGGGGGUCGCCUUACUUUCGUUGCGAAGGGAUGACAAGGCGCCAUGGUGUAACAUGUGGCUUCCGGGAUCCAUUGUACGGACCUGAUGGUCAAUGGAAAGAUGAAGAAAAAGAUGAAAUGAAGGAGAAAAGAGUUAUAGAACCUUGUGCCCCAAGAAAGUGCCCUUGCGAUGUGAAUGCGAAUCACGGGAUAGUGCCAUCGGAACUUGGAGUGGGGUACUACUGCGGACAUGUGAUCGGCAAUGAUAUGAGAACGUGGAAAUGUUCGUGGGAGGAGUAUCUCGAUAAAGGAGCGGUUGAUCAUGAGAUUGCAUGGCGGAGUAAGCGUCCUCCAAACGUGCUGUCAAGCUAUUUGGAGAACAGGAAGAAAGAAACUCGUGAUUACUACCGUGCUUUGUAUCCCCCCAUGAGAAGUACUACCAUGGCAGGUAAAGAUGUUUCAGCUACGGAGGUGGAAAUAGAGACAAUGAAGACGCUUGUUGGUAAUUUACCCAUGGUUAUCCCGGACGACGAUGACGACGAGGUGUUAUAUGAUGGGCUAGACGAUUAGACCUAGCAGCACAAAUUGUCUUAUGUCACCUACUUAUGAACGUGAUAUGUAAUCAUCGUCGACGAGCAAUGAAUAUUUGUAAG